GCUGAGUAGAACAAAUCCUGCUUGUGUUAGAAGCGCCGUAAUACUAGAACCAGCUGCUGGAUAAAGAGGUUCUUAGCCAGGCGUGGUGACUCAUGCUUGUAAUCCCAGCACUUUGGGAGGCUGGGGCUUGGUACUCAAUAAAGGGUGAAUCACGAGUUCAGGAGUUCAAGAUGAGCCUGGCUAUGGUGAUGAAAUCCCGUCUUUACUAAAAAUACAAAAAAUUUAGCCAGACGUGGUGGUGGGCGCCCGUAGUCCCAGCUACCUGGGAGGUUGAGGCAGAGGAUUACUUGAACCUGGGAGGUGGAGACUGCAGUGAGCUGAGAUUGCACCACUGCACACCAGCCUGGGCAACAGAGCAAGACUCUGUCUAAAAAAAACUGGCUGGGCGCAGUGGCUCACACCUGUAAUCCCAGCACUUUGGGAGGCCAAGGCAAGUGGAUCACCUGAGGUUGGGAGUUUGAGACCAGCCUAACAAACAUGGAGAAACCUCGUCUCUACUAAAAGCACAAAAUUAGUUGGGCGUGGUGGCACAUCCUGUAAUCCCAGCUACUUGGGAGGCUGAGGCAGGAGAAUCAAUUGAACCUGGGAGGCGGAGGUUGGGGUGAGCUGAGAUCAUGCCACUGCACUCCAGCCUGGGCAACAAGAGUGAAACUCCGUCUCAAAAGACAAAACAGGUUCUAGAUCUGGGUGAUUUCUAGUAUAGCCAGUUCACAUUGCAGUAUCAGGGAAAUCGGGUUAAUAUUAGGUUAAAAUUUAGAUGUCUUCUCUCCUAGAGCCAUGUAAGGGAUUGUUAUUAAAAUCAGUUUUGGUGAAGUUCUAAUACUAGUGAGACCUUUUAUAAAGGCUGAUUCCCUACCAGAAAACCCCCUGCCCAGUUUUUAAGAAGUAGAAAUGUGAAAUAAACUAAAAUGGCACAUAUGUUUAAUGUAUAGUUGGUAGGCUGUGUGGGCUAGUGCUUUCCUCCUCACUGCAAAAUGAGUAAAAUGGUCUCUGUUCUUUAUGUCAUGGGAGGAGCAGAGGAAGGAACAUAGGUUCACAGUUAUCUAUGAGGGUGAGGUAAGUUCUGUGAUAGUAAAAAUUUAUCAAACACCUACUGUAUAUCAAACAUGCCAGGCACUGAGGAUAGAGCAAUGAACAGGAAAGACAGUGAAUAUUGGAAACUGGAGACACUGGAGGUAGGGAUAAAAGUUAGGCAGUUGUACAGUGUGGUUAUAACUUAGGAUUUUGAAUUACAGUGGUAGCCAUAGAAAUGGAAAGGGAUGAAUUUUGAGAAUCACAUUAUUGAGGUGUAGUUGAUUAAUUGAUGAGGGGAAAUGAACUUUGGGAAGGCCAUUCUGAGAUUCGAAUGGUGAUGCCAUUCAUAUAGGAGUCAGUAAAAGAGGAGCUCGGCACAGAGUGGAGAAAUGGCUACAUUUGAUUCUGGUUCUUAAAUUUCAGGCUUCAGUAGGCAAGUUAGGCCAAGAGCUCUGAAAAGAGACUGAGACUAGAGAAAAGAGUUUAAGGUUUGAAGCAGCAAAAAGUGAGACUUCCAAGGAGGCUGUUUGGAAGCAGAUGUAACUAGGUUGAAGGCUAAAAUUGUGGAAGCAGGUACAUCUAGAGGGAAAAAAAGAGAACAACUUUAGUAAGGUAUAACUUACAUGUAGCCAAGUAUGCAAAUCUUAAAGUAUGUAGCUUGAGAUUUUACAUGUGUAUACCUGUGAUAUGCUGAAUGGAGGACUUUUAAGAGCCAUUUUUGUGAGGAUUAAAUGACACUAAGUGAAGCUAGUAAGCAUAUACAGAUGCUCGACAAUUUUUUUUUUUUUGAAACAGAGUCUCACUCUGUUACCCAGGCUGGAGCGCAGUGGUGCAAUCUUGGCUCACUGCAACCUCCGCCUCCCAGGUUCAAGCAAUUUUCAUGCCUCAGCCUCCCUAGUAGCUGGGAUUACAGGCAUACGCCACCACGUCCGGCUAAUUUUUGUAUUUUUAGUAGAGACCGGGUUUCACCAUGUUGGCCAAGCUGGUAUCGAACGCCUGACCUCAGGUGAUCAUAUGCCUCGGCCUUCCAAAGUGCAGGGAUUGUAGGCAUGAACCACCACACCCAACCAGAUGCUCAGCAGAUUUUAGUUUCUUAGCCAGGUAUUCGUGGGCAGUUGAGGUCAAACUGCAGAAGGCAAAGGGGAGAUCUUAGGCAAUGAGGGUGAUUCGAAAGAUGGCAAGGGUUGAAGGCACUGGCCUUUCUUGUAGAAGCAGAAGAUUUAGUAUGUAGCUGGAUAGAACUAGUAGAUGGAAAGUGAUUAUUGUUGCCUUUGCAUCUUUUUUUUUUUUUUUUUUAAUGUAUUUUUGUUUUGUUUUGAGACAGUCUUGCUCUGUCACCUAGGCUGGAGUGCAGUGACGCGAUCAUGGCUCACUGUAGCCUUGACUUCCCAGAUUCCAGCAGUCCUUCCACCUCAGCCUCUGGAGUAGCUGGGACCACAGGCGUGCACCACCAUACCCGACUGAUUUUUGUGGUUUUGGUCUCAUGUUGCCCAGGCUGCUGUCAGAUUCCUGAGUUCAAGCUACCUGCCUGUCGUGGCUUCCCAGAGUGCUAGGAUUACAGGCAUGAACCACCACACACAGCCUCCUUUGUAUCUUAGGUAAGGUUGAGAUUUCAAAGUUUUGUUUAACCUAAGUCAGUCAUCUAUACCCUUAGAAAGAGAUGGGCACUCUGGUAAGUAUUUUGUACAUGCUGACUUUUAAAUCCCUUAAAGGUUGUUACAGCUGCUCUUUAGACCGCAAAAAUAAGCCUUAUCUUUGGAUCACCUGAGGUCGAGUUCGAGACCAGCCUGGCCAACAUGAUGAAACCCUAUCUCUACUAAAAAUACAAAAUUAUCCAGGCAUGAUGGUGCAGGCCAAUAGUCACAGGUAAUCAGGAGGCUGAGGCAGGACAGUCACUUGAACCCAGGAGGCGGAGUUUGCAGUGAGCCGAGAUCUUGCCAUUGCACUCCAGCCUGGGUGACAGCAGGACUCCAUCCCCCCCAAAAAAAGCCCUCUUUUUUUUUUUUUGAGACGGAGUUUCACUCUUGUUACCCAGGCUGGAGUGCAAUGGUGCGAUAGUGGCUCACCGCAACCUCCUCCUCCUGGGUUCAAGCAAUUCUCCUGCCUCAGCCUCCCAGGUAGCUGGGACUACAGGCGUGUGCCACCACGCCCAGCUAAUUUUUUUUGUAUUUUUAGUAGAGAGGGGGUUUCACCAUGUUGACCAGGAUGGUCUCGAUCUCUUGACCUAGUGAUCCACCUGCCUCGGCCUCCCAAAGUUCUGGGAUUAUAGGCAUGAGCCACCGUGCCUGGCCCAGCCCUCUCUUUUAGCUUGAGUGCUCACAUUAUGUAUUUCCUUUGUCUCUAAGAAGGGAUGGGCAAACACAGCCUAUGGGCCAAAUUUGGCCCACUGCCUGUUUUUUUACUACCUGCAACCUAUAUGUUGCCCAGGCUGAUCUCAAACUCCUAACCUCAGGCUAUCCUCUAGCCUCCCAAGUAGCUGGGAUUACAGGCAUAAGUCAUUGCACUCUGCUCUAGGAAUUUUGUUUGUGGUGGGAGUUUUUUUUUUUUUGAGAUGCAGUUUCACUCUUGUUGCCCAGGCUGGAGUGCAACGGCUCCAUCUGGGCUCACUGCAACCUCCCCCUUCCAGGUUCAAGUGAUUCUCCCGUCUCAGCCUCUCAAGUAGCUGGUAUUACAGGGACCCGCCACCACUCUUGGCUAAUUUUUUGUAUUUUUAGCAGAGAUGGGGUUUCACCAUGUUGGCCAGGCUGAUCUUGAACUCCUGGCCUCAAGUGAUCCACCUCCCAAAGUGCUGGGAUUACAAGCAUGAGCCACCGCACCUGGCCUGCUCUAGGAAUUUUUACUUUUUUUUUUUUUUUUUCUUGAGACAGGGCCUUGCUCUGUCACCCAUGCUGGAGUGCUGGAGUACAGUGGUGCAAUAUCGGCACACUGCCACCCCACUCCUGGGCUCAAGCAAUCCUUCCUCCUCAGCCUCCUGAGGAGCUGGUACUACAGGUGCAUGCUACCACACCCAGCUAAUUUUUGUAUUUUUUUUGUAGAGCAUAUUGCCCAGGUCAAUAUGUUUUUAAAUGUUGGAAAAUCCACAAAAAAUAUUUCAUAAUAUAUAAAAACUGCAUGAAAUUUAGAAUAUGGUGUCCAUAAAUAAGGUUUUAUUGGAACACGGUCACACUCAUUCAUUUACAUUUUAUCUGUGGCUUCUUUUUUUGAGACAGAGUCUUGGUCUGUUGCCAGGCUGGAGUGCAGUGGCGUGAUCUCGGCUCACUGCAACUUCCACCUCCUGGGUUCAGGCAAUUCUCCUGCCUCAGCCUCCUGAGUAGCUGGGAUUACAGGCACGAACCACCACACCCAGCUAAUUUUUUUGUAUUUUUAGUAGAGGCAGGGUUUCACCACGUUGGCCAGGAUUGUCUGGAUCUCCUGACCUCGUCAUCCUCUUGUCUCUGCCUCCCAAAGUGCUGUGAUUACAGGCGUGAACCACUGCGCCUGGCUUUUUUUCUUUUUAAUAAAUUAUGGUAAGAUCAUAUAUAAAGUUGAUCAUCUUGACCAGUUUGGAGUUUGCAGUUGCAUGGCAUUAGGUACAGUCAACAUUGUAUAUUGUCUGUGGCUGUUUUUGCAUUAAAAUGGCAGAGUGAAUAGUUAGCCUGGAGAUUACAUGGUCCACAAAGUCAAAAGUACUUGCUAUUUGUCUGUUUACAGGAAGUUUGCCCACCCUUAAUCUAAAAUCAGAGAAAUAAUUUUCAAAACAUGUAAACUGAUAAAAAUCACUAGGAGGCAAAAGUGACUAGAUAAAUUCAGUCUACUGGUGAAUGUGUCUCAUCAGAUUUUGUUUCUGCUUCCUUCCCCCUCACACACACACCCAUUAGGUAAAUUGAAUCAAUUCUUUAGCUGUGUUGGAGAAAGUAGGUACAUCUUGGUCGGGCGUGUUGGCUUAUGCCUGUAAUCCAGCACUUUGGGAGGCCAAGGUGGGUGGAUCACCUGAAGUCAGAAGUUCGAGACCAGCCUGGCCAACAUGGUGAAACCCUGUCUCUACUAAAAAAAAUAGAAAAAAUUAGCUGGGCAUGGUGGCAGGCACCUAUAAUCCCAGCUACUCGGGAGGCUGAGGCAGGAGAAUUGCUUGAAUCUGGGAGGCCAAGGUUGCAGUAAACCAAUAUCAUGCUGUUGCAUUCCAGCCCGGGCAACAGUGUGAGACUCCAUCUCAAAAAAAAAAAAAAAAGUAGUAGAUACUAAGUAUGAGGAUCCUUCUACGGCUUCACCUGGUUGGACAGGGCUUCUACCCUACCAGGAUGGGGUCUCUAGCCUUUUGGUUUCCUACAUUUUGUUUUAAUAAAUUUCAAAGCAAUUAAUAGUUUGUCACAUUUGUUUGUAUGUUAUAUAUCUACACACAUCACUUCACCCCUGAACACUUCAGCAAAAACUGAGAAAAAGGACUUUUGCCUCCUACAUAAACACAAUUCUGUUCUAUUUCAAUACGUUUAGCAUCAAAUACAUACAGUUUAUAUUUCUGAAGAGUCCAGACCAGUUGUAUUGUAGAAUGUCCUAUAAUCUGCAUGUGUCUGUUUUCUAAGUAUUAAAAUCUAGCUAAACAUUUUUGGCAAAAAUAUGUGAAAUUCCGAGAGUAUCCCCUCAGGGGGGACAUGAAGUCAGUUUGUCUUUGUGUCUUUUUAUGACAUAUGCCUACCAGCUGAUAGAAGGCAGCAUAAUGUAGCAGUAAAAUGAGAAAUGGGGUUUGGAUUCAGACUCGUGUUCAAACCCCAGACUACUAUGUAACAGCCAUAUGACUGUAUUAGUUGCCCACCCUUCCUGUGGCUUUGGUUUCCUUAUCUGAAAAUGGGAGCUACCUUACAGGGACAUAACAAGAACGAACGCUUAGCAGAUUAUGUCCUAUUUGUUAACAAUCAUUUUGGUUGUGCUUGGGAAAAUGGCUUAAGCCUAGCCAUUGUCUUCUAAGCUUUGCUAACUCUCGUUGCAGUUUUUCCUGGCUGUUUGUUUAACUGGAUGACACAGAGCUUGUCCUUUUUUUUUUUUUUUUUUUCAAUUAGGAAAGCAGAAUGUCCUUCAUGCUCUUAGUCUGUAGUCACAUCUUGCAGUAGCAUUGUUGAGUUUGCUGUUUUCCUGCAUUGUAGAAGUUUGAUUGAACACCAAAAGUGAGAUGUCUCUGUGCUGGGCUUGGCCCUUGUCUUAACCGGUUGAGUAUGUUGCUGUAAAGGGAUACCCGAGGCUGGGUCAUUUAUAAAGUCAAGAGGCCAAGCACAGUAGCUCAUGCCUGUAAUCCCAGGGCUUUGGGAGGCCAAGGCAGGAGGAUUGCUUUAGGUUAGGAGUUUGAGACCAGUCUGGGCAACAUAGACCCCCAUAUCUACAAAAAAAAAUUUUAAAUUAGCCGAGUACAGUGUUAGGCACCCAACUACUCAGAAAGGUGAGAUGGGAUGAUUGCUUGGGCUCAGGGGUUCAAGGAUACAGUGAGGCUAUGAUCACAACACUGCAUUCCAGCUUGGGCAACAGGGCAAGACCCCAUCUCUUAACAACAAAAAAAGUUUUAUUAGCUCACAGUUCUUUGGCUAUACAAGAAGCAUGGAACUGGCAUCUACUUAGCUUCUGGUGAGGGCCUCAGGCUGCUUCCACUCAUGGCUGAAGGCAGAGUGGGGCAAGCUUGAGCAGAAAUCCCUUGAUGAGAGGAAGCAAGAGGAAGGGGAGAUACCAGCCUCUUUAAUAAACCGCUGUCUUAAGAUGAUGGGGCCACCUUUUCCUGGCCAGUUCAUUUCCUUGACCUAUUCUGAAUCCACCAAGGCCCUGAAUCUCUGUUCCACCUCCUCCUCUGCCUCCCCCUACACCCUAUCGACAAAGUGGUCACUCCUUUCUGAAGAACAGACUGAGACUUUUCUGGGCCCUGCUCUUUCUGGAGCCUCUGAUGGUGCCUGUCUGGGUCUCCACAUGCCUCCUUCCUCGCUCUUCUUCCUAUUGAGGAAUCAGCUUCAGUGUCACCUCCAAGUGUGACCUUCACUGACAACACAGCUCAGCACAGACCUACCUGCUUCUCAUCUAUCUCAAGGAAUUAACCCGCCUACACCAUGUGGCUGAAUUCCCUCUCUCUUUCACUCUCAGCACAUAUGUGUGUGUGUGUGUGUGUGGUCACAUCAUCUUAUGUGACAAUACCUAGUUAUAUAUCUGCAGAUAAUUUAUAUUCACACAUAAAUAUAUAUCCCUACCCAUACAUCUAAGACUAUCCCUAUGACUAUUAAGUUUUCACUGCAAUGCUUUUUAUAUGUUAUUUGUCUCCUCAGCUAAAUCCAUACUUCAAGAAAGCAGAGAUUGUUUUUGUUUGUUUGUUUUGAGUUGGAGUCUCCUGUUGCUCGGCUGGAGUGCGGUGGCACGAUCUCAGCUCGCUGCAGCUUCCGCCUUCCAGGUUCAAGUGAUUCUCCUGCCUCAGCCUCCUGAGUAGCUGGGAUUACAGCACGUGCCACCAUGCCCAGCUAAUUUUUGUAUUUUUAGUAAAAAUGGGGUUUCACCACGUUAGCAAGGAUGGUCUUGAUCUCUUGUCCUCGUGAUCCACCUACCUCAGCUUUCCAAAGUGCCAGGAUUACAGGCAUGAGUCACUGUGUCCAGCUGAAAGCAGAAAUAGUUUUUAUGGCCCACUAUAUAUAUAUAAAAUUGAUAUUUUUAAAACCCUAGCUCUCUCAGGAACUAAUAGAGUAAGAACUUACCCACCUUCAGAGAGGGUAUUAAUGUAUUCGUGAGGGGUCCACCCCAUGACCCAAAUACCACCUAUUAGGCCCCACCUCCAACACUGGGGAUCAAAUUUAAACAUGAGGUUUGGUGGGGGCAAAGAAACUAUACGUAAACCACAGCAGCUCUCCACCGAUAGGGCCAUACCUUGCAUGUAACUAAUGUGAGGACAAAGGUGGGGCUGGUGACCUAGGAACCCAGAAGGACUUGCAGAUUUGUAGGUUCCAUCUGUCAGUUAUCUGUGCUCUACCAGUAAUGAGAGAAGUUCCUUGGGCUAGAGGCCACAACCUGGUGAGACUGGCUUCUGAGAUGAGAAGAGAGCUUAAAAGGGAAGGAGCAGGAUUUAAAAAAAAAAUCACCAUUUUCCAUCCGUUUUAAUGUUUAACUCCAGAUACUUGGCGGAUGUAAAGGAGUUCAGCUCCAGCGAACAGCAGAACUAGAAUUCUCAACUAAUGACAGAGAUGUAUCUGUCCCAGGGCCAAGAAAGUUUAGGGAAUAGGUGGGAUUCCUAUGAUUUAGAGCCAAGGAUAAAGAGUAACUGCCCAAGAGGGUUCCAGAAGCCAGGGUACUAGUCCUUGCUCCCAACAGCCAAUAAUCUCUCCCCAAGGAUUCACCACCCCCCAGUAACAAAGGAACAAGACUGGGAACUGGGAGAUGCCUUGUUUGUCAUCAUUAGGUUUGCAGAACCCAGCUUAGCACCUCCAAUGAAUAAAGGUGAAUAAAGCUAUGCUGAAUGGAGGAGCUGAGGAGCCCCAGGCCAGAGGGCAGCCAGCACAAGCACUGGGUUGAGGUCUGAGUAGCAGGGGCAAGGAAGAGGGGCUUUGUGCCCUUUCUGUUGUGGCAAUUCUUAUUCUGGAGCCUCAUCCCCUUACAACAUAGAGUUGGUUGGGUUUUGUGUGUGUGUGUGUGUAUGUGGGGGAGGUAUUUAUUUUUCUCAGGUUCCUAGUGAACAUAAUUUCUUUUUUUAAAUUACAAGUUAUUUAUUUUUUGAGACAGUGUCUCACUAUCAUCUAUGCUGCAGUGCAGUGGUGUGAUCACAGCUCACUGCAGCUCCACCUCCUGUCAGAUCAGCCUCAACCUCCUGGGCUCAGGUGAUCCUCCCACCUCAGACUCCCAAGUAGCUGGGACCACAGGUGCACACCACCAUGCCAAGCUAAUUUUUCUAUUUUUUAUGGAGACGGGGCUUCGACAUGUUGCCCAGGCUGCCCUUGAAUCCACUCGCCUUGGUCUCUUAAAGUGCUGGGAUGACAGGCACGAGUCCUAGUGAACAUAAUUUCCUACGUGGAAAAGGGAACUGCCCACAUCCAGGCCAGGAUCUCGCAAGAUCACAAUUUCAUUAAUGAAUUUAAACUAUAUAAUCUCUAAGAUCUCUUCCAGCCUGAAGUUCUAUGAUCCUAGUGAACUAAAAGUUCAGAGGGGAAAUAGAAUAUUGGUUUUUUUCUUUUCUUUUUUUUUUUUUUUUUUUGAGAUGGGGUCUCACUCUGUCACGCAGGCUGUAUUGUAGAAUGUCCUAUAAUCUGCAUGUGUCUGUUUUCUAAGUAUUAAAAUCUAGCUAAACAUUUUUGGCAAAAAUAAGUGAAAUUCCGAUAGUAUCCCCUCAGGAGGGACAUGAUGUCAGUUUGUCCUCGUGUCUUUUUCUGACAUAUGCCUACCAGCUGAUGGAAGUUAGCAUAAUGUAGCAGUAAGAUGAGAAAUGGGGUUUGGAUUCAGACUCGUGUUCAAAUCCCAGACUACUAUGUAAGUGGUGCAGUGGUGCGAUCUCGGCUCACUGCAACCUCCCCCUCCCAGGUUCAAGUGAUUGUUCCACUUCAGCCUCCUGAGUAGCUGGGAUUAUAGAUGUGCGCCACCACAUGUGGCUAAUUUUUGUAUUUUUGGUAGAGAUGGGAUUUCACCAUGUUGGCCAGGCUGGUCUUGAACUCUGGACCUGAAAUGAUCGACCCACCUUGGCCUCCCAGAGUGCUGGGAUUACAGGCUCGUGAGCCACCGCACCUGACUAGAAAUAGGAUAUUAAUUCAACAAAUAUUUAUUACUAUAACCUUAUGUUAAAAAGUGAAUAAGGCAGUCUGUCCUUGGGGAGUGUAAAGUCAAAUGAGAAAAUGAACACUAAAUCCUUGUAAUACCUUGUAAGUUGUGUAAAUAAUAGCAUACGUUUCUUGAACACUUACUAUAUGUUAGGUGCCAUUCUAAACAUUUUACAACUGAACUUCACAAUUCCACUUCCAUUAGAUAGGUGCUCUUAUCUCCACUUGGCUUGAGAAACAGACAUAAAGAGGUUUAAUAAUUUACCAGUAGGUGACAGAGCAAGUAAUUUUGCUUCAGGGUCUAUGUUCAAUCACUAACAAUUAACAGCAGUAUUGACGGAAGAUUGGAAGGAGUGUGCAUGAAGCCUCUCAUAUUUGUGCUACAAGUUCUUAGUGAUUUUGUGACAUUAAGUGGGUUUAGGUCAGGGAUCCCCAUGCCCCAGGCCAUGGACAGAUACUGGUCCAUGAGCAAGCGAAGCUUCAUCAGUAUUUACAGCAGCUCCCCAUCGCUCACAUUACCACUUGAGCUCAGCCUCCUGUCAGAUCAGCCUUGACAUUAGAUUCUCAGCAUGAACCCUAUUGUGAACGUCACAUUCAAGGGAUCUAGUUUGUGGGCUCCUUAUGAGAAUCUAAUGCCUGAUCAUCUGUCAUUGUCUCCCAUCACCCCCAGAUGGGACUAGUUGCAGGAAAGCAAGCCUGAGGCUCCCACUGAUUCUAAGUUAUGAUGAGUUGUAUAAUUAUUUCAUUAUAUAUUGUAAUGUAAUAAUAAAGUGCACAAUAUGGCCGGGUGCAUUGGCUCAUGCCUAUAAUCCCAGCACUUUGGGAGACUGAGACAGGUCGAUCGUCUCAGGAGAUGGAGACUAUCCUGGCUAAAACGGUGAAACCCCUUCUCUACUAAAAAUACAAAAAAUUAGCCGGGUGUGGUGGCAGGUGCCUGUAAUCCCAGCUGCUCAGGAGGCUGAAGCAAGAGAAUCACUUGAACCCAGGAGGCAGAGGUUGCAGUGAGCUAAAUUCGCACCACCACACUCCAGCCUGGGCGACAGAGUGAGACUCCAUCUCAAAAAAAAAAAAAAGUGCACAGUAAAUGUGAUGUGCUUGCAUCAUCCCGAAACCACCCACCAUGUCUCCACCCUGUGGAAAAAUUGUCUUCCACCAAACCGACCCCUGGUGCCAAAAAGGUUGGGGACUGCUGAUUUAAAUCACAUUUUCUUUGGCCCUUGGUGUAAUCCCCAUCAGCAUAACCAGGAGAAAACCACUUCUUUGAGGAUUUUCUGUUCGUUUGUUUUGGGGACAAAGUCUCACUCUUGCAUAGGUUGGAGUGCAGUGGCCCAAUCUCAGCUCACUGCAACCUCUGCCUCCUGGGUUCAAGCAAUCAUCGUGCCUCAGCAUUCCGAGUAGCUGGGAUUACAGGUGCCCGCCGCCACGCUGGCUAAUUUUUGUGUUUUCAGUAGAGAUGGGAGUGAGGGGGUUCACCAUGUUGGCCAGGCUGGUCUUGAACGCCCCACCUCGAGUGAUCUGCCUACCUCGGCCUCCCAAAGUGCUGGGAUUACAAAUGUGGGCUUCUGCGCCCAGCCAGAAAACUACUUAUUUGGAGUCCACAGGGAACUGGUUACAAAUUCCAGGUUUAUCACUUAACUGGCAAACUUGACCAAGUCAAAGCUUCAUUUGUUUAACAAGAAUAACUAUUGGCAUUGGGAGGUUAUAACAAUUAAAUACUAAGUUGAGCCAUAUGAACCUGCUGCUUCGGGAGGCAAAAACAGUCUAACAGAUCAUUGGGAGUGGGGGUAAUCUACCAGAAUGUUAAGGAUUCCUUUGUGCUUCUGACUUUUGAAACACUUCAGCCCUAAAUUCUUCCUUUUCACCUCUCUUGCCCAACGUGUAGUGUCUACCAAUGGUCUGCGUGGCCCUGGUAGCUUGGAGGUUGCACUCUGUUGACCUACCCUAUUGAGGCCAAUAAGUAGUCAAGGGACAGCCUCGUGAGAUUUGGCAGUUUCACAAGGAUCUGGAGUUCUUUCCAGCCAGCCACAAGAACAUCCCUUGGGGGAUGGAGAAGUCAAGAGCCCUGACACAUAGCCUACCACACACAGACUGAGUGCACUUUCACCCUCCUUUUCAAUGCCUAUUUGCCUUGCUGUACAAUGAGUAGUGACAUUGGUUCUAUUUUUAAUUUUUUGAGACAGAGUUUUGCUCUGUUGCCCAGACUGCAAUGCAAUGGUGCCAUCUGGCUCACUGCAACCUCCGCCUCCUGGGUUCAAGUGAUUCUCCUGCCUCAGCCUCCCGAGUAGCUGGGAUUACAGGCAUGCAUGCACCACCACACCCAGCUAAUUUUUGUAUUUCUAGUAGAGACAGGGUUUCACCAUGUUGGCCAGGCUGGUCUCGAACUCCUGACCUCAGGUGAUCCAACCACUUCAGCCUCCCAAAGUGCUAGGAUUAUAGGCCUGAGCCACAGGCCGGGCCGGUUCUAUUUGUAAAUGUGGAAACUGAGGCCUAGAGAGGGUCAGGUCUUGUCCAAGGUCACGCACUUCUUGGUGUUGGAAAGGAGGGGUUUGACUUCAGAUGGAUCAACAUAGGCACUGCCUCUAGAUGUGUCACCUUCACAAGGUUCUUGGACAUCUGGGGCCUUUUUUUUGAGACGGACUCUCGCUCUGUCGCCUAGGCUGGAGUGCAGUGGCGCCAUCUCGGCUCACUGCAACCUCUGCCUCCCAGGUUCAAGCAAUUCUCUGCCUCAGCCUCCUGAGUAGCUGGGAUUACAGGCGCCCGCCACCACACGCCCGGCUAAUUUUUGUAUUUUUAGUAGAGACGCGGUUUCACCAUGUUGGCCAGGCUGGUCUUGAAUUCCUAACCUUGUGAUCCACCCACCUCAGCCUCCCAAAGUGCUGGGAUUACAGGCGUGAGCCGCCGCGCCCGGAGCGUUUCUUUUUCUAGGAAAGGUCGCUGAUAACUCUUGUCAUCGUGUAACUCUUCAACCCAAGUCCGCUCUUUGACAGCUCCAGAUGUGGGAAGACCCCCAAGGAGACACUGCGAGAAGCAGAGAGCGUGCGUGCGAACGUGAGUACUCAAAACCGUGGGCGCCGGACCGACGCACACGCGCAGCCCCACAAUAUCAGUAUUUAAUUUCCAGUAGAGACAGAAUUGAGCCUAAUCAUCACCAGACUCAAGCCUCCUACAAGAUCUGCAGCGAACUCCAAAAGCUAGACCGGAACUGCCCCGUUCCCCGGAAAGAAGGGCGGAACGUUUGGCCCAAGUCCCCACACUACCUACACGGAGAGCUCCGGAAGGGGACGGCCCGCGCCUGCGCGUCUCCAUCUUGCUAAAAGAGUCUCCACUUUCCCUCGGGGGGUAGCUCAUUUGCCACGGGCGGGGCCGCACCUUUCGGCAGGGCGGGGCCCGGCCAUGGCGACCGCGGAGCCCAGCGGGCGCGCGGUGCGGGUGUCUUCCCCGGGAUCCCAGCCCAGCGGGGCUCGGGACCGCGCGCCGGGAGCUGCCGGGCCACCCUCCGGACAGAUCGGUAACAGAGCCCUCCGGCUGGUGGGGCGCACCCCCGCGGCCGUGGAGAAGCGGGGUCCAUAUAUGGUGGCGCGUGCACCCUCCAUUCAAGCCAAGCUGCAAAAGCACCGGGACCUGGCCAAGGCCGUUCUGCGGAGAAAAGGCAUGCUGGGGGCCUCGCCGAACCGGCCAGACUCUUCAGGGAAAAGGUCAGUGAAGUUUAACAAGGGCUAUACUGCUCUUAGCCAGAGUCCAGAUGAAAACCUGGUGUCCCUCGACUCUGACAGUGAUGGGGAGCUGGAAUCCAGAUACUCCUCCGGGUAUUCCUCUGCAGAGCAGGUGAACCAGGAUGUGAGCCGGCAGCUGCUCCAGGAUGGGUAUCACCUGGAUGAGAUUCCAGAUGACGAGGACUUAGACCUCAUCCCCCCUAAGCCAAUGGCUUCUUCAACAUGCUCCUGCUGCUGGUGCUGUCUUGGGGACUCUUCCUCCUGUACCCUCCAGUAGACAUUACCCUCCAAAACGGGCCCUGUUCACUAUGAGGCCCUGCUGGCCACUCAGCUCACAGAGUGCAGUGAGCACUGGGGUCACUGACCCCUGGAAAGUGACCUGCAGGUAGCCCUUACCUGUUGCUUCUCAGGCCAGAGGCCCCCAUCUGGGCUGUGGGGUGAUAGGUAGAAUCCUGCAGAUUUCCUCUGCUGUUGGAGCAGAGUUUGGAGAAGCCACUUUAAUAAGGGCAGGACAGAGGAAUUCUGGUUCUUGUGGUGGGUGACAAAGGUAACUAAGGAAAACAGUUGCAGACAGCUUGACUGGUGUUUGUCAUGGUGCUUCAGGGAGGCACAAAGAACUCUUGUGCCAGGCUGGGCUAGAUAGUGUUGUAUGGAGGCAGAAAAUAGCACUUUAUGGUUUAUAGCUGGCAAUCCAAAAAAGAGUUUAACUGUUUUGAGACCAGUUCAGGAAAUUCCAUUUGCCCUAUUCUUCCUAGCUCUAAGAUGGGUUGCAGGCCUGACCUUCAGGAGAGCAUAAAGUGAGUCCUUUUGUCUAUGACAGGGACAGCAAGUUGCUUAAUGACACAGCAUGAUCCUGGCUUCCAGAAUCCCUGGACCUGGGGCAUCCCCAACCGGUCCAACUGUCCGGGUGAGUUUAGUGACUCUGGUUUGCCCUUCCCUAGUUAGAGAAAAGCUGCUUCAACAUGUUCAUAUUUAUUUAUUUGUAUUUCCUUGGUCUGGGCUUGUUUCUUUCCCAGUCUUUGAGCUAAAGAUUGGGUGGAAGGUACUGGGGCUGGCCCCAGAAGGUUGCAGUUUUUGUUAUUACCAGCAGAGGGAGCUACAGGGGAGCAGUCCAGUGCCUUCCUAUUGGUUUCGCUUUUUAAACUUUUGAAAAGGAGCAAUGGGUGAGAGUGGGAAUAGAGCAGUGUGGGCUUUGUCCUAGACUGAGGCUUACAGACAGGAAUGGGAGCAGAGACCUAAGCCAGCUCCUAGGCCCUUGGCUGAGGAGAUCAGUCGGGCAGUGUAAAGGGCCUCCCUUCCUUCCAGCAUGGACCAUUCCAUUGCCAGAUUCUUCUGGUCAUAGCAUGGACCUCACUGGAUAAUCAGGAUUGGGCUUUAAGCAGACCUCUGGGUGUAACACAGCCUCUUUCAGCCCCCAGCCCAAACACAGCAGAAAUAGACAUAAUUUCUGCUGUGACACCCCAUGCCCCCAUACUGGAGAGUUUCUCUUGCUAUACAGUAUAUCAAGCCUCUUUCUAGAAUUUUUUUCAAAGGUGUUUUUUGUUUUGAUUUGUUUUGUUUUUUGACCUCACCCAGGACCAUGGUGAGUGUUCCACUUUGUUUUAUUGGAGACAGGGUCUCUCUGUCACCCAGACUGGAGUACAGUGGUGCAGUUAUAGCUCACUGCAGCCUCCACCUCUCAGGCCCAAGCAGCCCUCCCACAUGGUGAGCUGUGAAUGGGAAUAGACAGGGUUCCCAGCCCAGUAGUCGGGAUUGGGGUAUAGGUUCCACAUGGGGAAGUGUCCAGUCUCUUGCUUUACUCAGUGUUCUGUGAUCACUGGAGGCAUAUGAGGGACAGCACACUCUUUUUGCUCUGCCACAAGGGCUGACUGGAAGAUGAGAAAGCCUAAUAAAAAGGUACGGCGUUAUUUGUCAGACAAGUGUCCUCACGCUGGUAAUCCUUUGAGUGCUUGAUGGACAUCUUUGUGUUUUUCUCAAACCAUGGAAGGUUGAGAGGAAUAUACAGUAUCUGGGGAUGACUUACUGUCCUAGCUAGCAGCAUCAUGGCAGGGAGACAGGACAGAGACCAGAGCCAUGCCAACUUGGGGCCUGGGGGAGAGGAGGCAGAUGGUUACUCCGUUCUGGAAUGGGACUCUGCAACUCUACGCAGGUGGCUAACGUUCUGAGCACUUCGUGCAAAUGCUUGCGGGGAGCAAGAACAUCUCCAUCCUGAACCCCUUCGCCAUCCGCAGAGAUGGGGGCCUUGUGUCUGCAGAGGUGAAGUGCACAUGUGGAAAGGGAUCAAACGUAGCACAGUGUAAAGACAGCGGUGUGGGUGGAAGGACCCAGCGCCUGCCAGGAGGCGGCUGUGGAAGCUAAGUAUAGAGCCACAUGUCUGUUGGAGGUGGUCAGGGCAGAGUAGCCUGGGUGUUUAGCAGCUGCUAGGGGUGAGAGUGGCAGGACCCCAAAACCAAGGCCCUCUGUUGUAGUAUCAACUCUGGCAUAGUCAGCUGCAAGUAUCCUUGAAGAAGAGGUUUCUAAGCUGGGUCCUACGUAGGAGGGUGUUACCCUGUAGAAAAAGCUGGAGGGACCUGGUGGGACAGUGUGCAGUGAGGCAUGGUAGAAACGGUCAGUUGUUUAGGGCCAGUAGCCACAUACCAAAAUACCACCAAUGUGCCCAGGGCCAAACUGCCUUAAUUCAGAGUGCUGGGUGUUCUGCAGGUGACAGUUUCCUGGGGAGAGGGGUGUGUCCAGGCCUACCUCCCAGACAUGAGUGGUACCAUACGGUGUUUAUGUACUACUCUACCAAAUGCUUGGCUUGCACUUCUACAGCCCUGUACAUUUAUAAGAAUAAAUGCAAUCACACUA